CAAGAUGAUCUCAGAAUCUUGACAGAUAUCGAUAAAUCUGCAUAAGAUCUUGAAAGAACUGAACAGAAACUUCCGAAAUCUUUCAAGUUUUUAUCAAGAUCUGCAGUCAAGAUUUUUUACUUGGGUUCAGUGGAUCACUUAGCCUUGUAGCAAAUCAAAAAUAAAGGUAACCUUUUGGAGCCAGCUAUAGCAAUGAAAGUUACUUUCUUAAAUCAGUAUAGAGAUUACCAAUCACCUAAUUUUAGUUUGAAUGACUUUUUGUUCUAUAGGAAAAGGAAAUCGUUUUGUUGACGCCUGCCUUCUCACAAUGAUUGGUAUUCAAGAUAGUCCAUUAACUAUCCGUAAACGUUAAUCUGAUUACAUUAAAUUAAAUGAAAUAGCAUUACAUGAUCGGUGGAGAGAUACAGCGAUAUCGUCUGAACAAAAACGACGAUUGAACAUUGAUUUAAAUGAUAAUCCACUUGAUCAAGAAAUGGAUAUUGGCACUAAGAACGAUUGUGUGUUUAAAGUUGGUGAUGUAUUUAAUUCUUUUAAUGAAUUUAAAUAUAAAUUAAAUGAUUAUUCAACAAAUACCGGAGGAAUGUUUUCUAUCUGUCAUCCAACAAAAUUGAAACAGACAUCUGAAUUAGUCUAUGGAAAACAUUUAUAUAUUUGUUGUCACGGCGAUAAACAACGUUGCCGUAGUAAAGGGAUUAGACCACAAUAG